AUGUGGGCUCUAAAGACUACAUUGCGACGUGCUGCUACAGUGGCAGCAACCCCCUCAAUCCGUUAUCGCACUGCUACCGCUGUUCCAGUGUUAAUGCAGCAACGAUACACUGCCAUGAAGCAUUAUUCUUCUGCAGCUCAAGGCCAACAGCAACAACAAAAUGCAGCCACUGAAUCCAAUGCACAAGAACAAGAAGUCUCUGAUCAUCACGCUGUGGUAUCCACCUUUGAUUUGUUCUCUAUUGGUGUGGGUCCAUCCUCUUCGCAUACAGUGGGCCCAAUGCGUGCCGCCAAGAUUUUCAUCAAUGAUCUCAAGUCUCAUGAUGUGCUUGAUCGUGUCCAUACUUUACGUGUUGACAUGUUUGGAUCGUUGGCGUUGACGGGUGCAGGUCACGGUACACCGGAUGCUAUCUUGAUGGGUAUUGAAGGCGAAACACCUGAUCUUGUGGAAACAUCCACCAUCAAAUCACGUGUCGAAGGCAUUCACACCAACAAGUCCAUUCGUUUGGAUGGCACCCAUCGUAUCCAUUUUGAUCCCGAAAAGCACUUGAUUUUCAACUACUUCAAGUCCUUGCCACAACAUCCCAAUGGUUUGCGUUUUUGUGCCUUUGAUGAAAAUGCCAACAUGAUUGCUACCAACGAAUACUUUUCCAUUGGUGGUGGCUUUGUGGUGAAUGAUGCUACCCAAUUGGAUCAUGGUGAGAACGUGUAUUACAAGGAGGAAAACAAGGAAGAGACCACUUCCAGCAAGGAUAUCAUUGCCGAAUCCGAACGUCGUCAACAAGAUGCCGCUGUUGUCAGCUUGCCUUUCCGCAACUCGGAAGAGUUGUUGCAAGUUUGCAAGCGUGAAAACAUGACCAUUGCCCAAGUCGUCUAUGAAAAUGAGCUAAAGUGGCACACACCUACUGAAAUCAGGGAUAAGUUGUUGAGAAUUUGGAAUACCAUGGAUGAGAGUAUUCGCAAUGGUGUCUUGGCUGAUCCUACUGAUUGCUUGCCUGGUGCUCUCAAUGUGCGCCGUCGUGCACCUUCCUUGUACAAAAAAUUGCUAAAGGGUCUCUACAGCCCUGUACCCAACAAGACCAUGUACAAUGAUUCCCGUAUCACUGGUUCUCCGGAUUCCGGAUCUGCUAAUAGCCGUGGUGAUGAUUUGGAUCGCACCGAAAGCUAUCCCCUUUCAUUAUCCGUAUUGCCCAAGCGUCAACGCAAGAGAUUCUUUUUGCCAGCAUUGGAUUACCUCUCUGUUUAUGCCAUUGCCGUCAAUGAAGAAAAUGCAUGUGGUGGUCGUGUCGUCACAGCUCCUACCAAUGGUGCUGCUGGUACUAUUCCUUCGGUCUUAAAGUACUAUAUUGAAUUCAUCUCGGAGAAUCCGGAACGUGAUGUGAUGGAAUUUUUGCUCACCACAUCAGCCAUCGGUAUGCUUUUCAAGCGUGGUGCAAGCAUUUCUGCUGCCGAGGUGGGUUGUCAAGGUGAAGUAGGCGUAGCAUGCUCUAUGGCAGCUGCUGGCUUUACAGCUGUGAUGGGCGGUACAGUGGAUCAGGUCGAAAAUGCAGCAGAGAUUGGCAUGGAACACAACUUGGGAUUGACUUGUGACCCCAUUGCUGGCCUUGUUCAAGUCCCCUGUAUCGAACGUAACGCUUUGGCCGCUGUCAAGGCUAUUGCUGCAGCUCAGCUUGCUCUUAACGGUGAAGGUGAUCACCGUGUCUCCUUGGAUCAAGUCAUUGAAACCAUGCGUCAAACCGGCUUGGACAUGAUGUCAAAGUACAAGGAAACUAGCCAGGGCGGUUUGGCUGUCAACGUCCCUGUUUGCUAA